UGCGGGGAGACGAGCCCGAGAGGCGACGGGGGCAGGGUGGCGGCGCGUGGGGAGUCGAGGACCGCGGGCAGAGUGCCCGGGGCCCGCUGUGCCGUGCCAGCUUUCAAGGAAGAAGGAGGAAAAUAUGGCGCUUGCUACAGUGGAAGACACUGUGGAGUACCACCUCUUCCUGAUGCCAGACGAGCCACUGGACCCCCCCAAACACAUGGAGGUUCUUCAAAGCUAUAUUGAAAGAAUAAUGACCCAGUUUGCACCUAUGCUGGUUCCCUAUAUCUGGCAGAAUCAGCCUUUCAAUCUCAAGUAUAAGCCUGAGAAAGGAGGUGUUCCUGCUCAUAUAUUUGGCGUGACAAAAUUUGGGGACAACAUUGAAGAUGAAUGGUUUAUUGUUUAUCUAGUAAAGCAAAUCACAAAGGAAUUUCCAGAAUUAGUAGCAAGGAUUGAAGACAAUGAUGGCGAGUUCUUGUUAAUAGAAGCUGCUGAUUUUCUCCCUAAAUGGUUGGACCCUGAUAGCAGUGCAAACAGAGUAUUUUUCCACCGGGGAGAGUUGUGCAUCAUCCCUGCACCAAAGAAAGCUGAAGCAGUCUCCUGGCUUCCCGCUACGACCCCAACAAUCCCACAAGCCUUGAGUAUAAUCUCAGCACACAGAGAUCAAAUUUUGGCUUCAGAAUCUAUCCGAGCUGCUGUGAAUAGGCGCAUCCAGGGCUACCCAGAGAAGAUCCAGGCCUCUCUCCACCGAGCGCACUGCUUCCUUCCCGCUGGCAUCGUGGCCAUGCUGCAGCGCUGUCCCCGCCUGCUGGCUGCGGGGGUCCAAGCCUUCUAUCUCCGUGACCCUGUCGACCUGCGAGCCUGUCGUGUUUUUAAGACCUUCUUGCCUGAAACACGGGUCAUGACAUCGGUUACUUUCACCAAAUGUCUGUAUGCACAGUUAGUGCAGCAGAGGUUUGUGCCGGACCGGAGGAGUGGAUACCAGCUGCCGCCUCCCUCGCAUCCCCAGUAUCGGGCCCAUGAACUGGGCAUGAAGUUGGCUCACGGAUUUGAGAUCUUAUGUUCCAAAUGUAGCCCACAUUUUUCUGGCUCCAAAAAGUCUCAUGUGACUACCUCACCACUCUGGAGUGGCUUCCUUGAAAGUCUGAAGAAGAAUGAUUAUUUUAAGGGAUUGAUAGAAGGUUCUGCUCAGUAUCAGGAAAGGCUAGAAAUGGCAAAGAACUACUUUCAACUCUCAGUAAAUCGGCCAGAAAGUUCUUUUGCCAUGAGCCCAGGUGAAGAAAUCUUAACCUUUCUACAGAAAACUCCAUAUGAUCUAGAAGAACUUAAGAAAGAAGCAGUUCAUCUGCCCCCAGAAGAUGAUGACCAAUGGUUAGAUCUCACACCUGAUCAGCUCGACCAACUCCUGGAGGAGGCAGCUGGCAAAAAAGAGUCAGAGCCAGUUUCUGAGGGGACAGAGCACAGCUAUGACCUGACCCGCGUCUCCAAGAGUAUGAAAGCUUUCAUAUCCAAAGUAUCUACCCACAAAGGAGCAGAGCUGCCUGGAGAACCCUCUGAGGCUCCAAUCACUUUUGAUGAAAUUUCUUUUCUUAAUUACUUUGAUAAGAUUUUAGGAUCAAGACCUCAUGAGUCAGAUUCAGAUGAUCUGGACGAGGAAGACUUUGAAUGUUCAGAUAGUGAUGAUGACGAGGAUCUGGAAACACAGGAGCUUGGAGAGGAAAUGUCUGUAAAAGGAACUCUUGAUAACCUCAAGUCAUACAUGGCCCAUAUGGACCGUGAACUGGCACAUACCAGCAUCGGCAAAAGUUUCACCACCCAGAGGCAAAUGACUACCAACGCCGAGGAAGAAGAUUCCAGUCCAGGAGCGUCUCUUAUGACACCAGCAGACAUAGACCUCAAUCUGGUUUCAAAUAUAUUGGAAUCCUACAGUUCCCAGGCUGGCCUGGCAGGACCUGCUUCCAACCUUUUCCAAAGCAUGGGCGUGCAGCUGCCAGACAGCGCCGACCCUGGAGCCGGCUCUCCAGCCCAGGGGAGACCGCUCUCUUCCUGACUGUGCGUUCGCUCUGACCAUGCUUCCUUCAUCAUUCACUCAUUAAACC